AUGGCUUCUCCAAGGUACUCGGUUCCGUUCUUUUUACUUUCUAUUAUUGUUUCUUUGGCAAGAUCAGAGGACGCCCAAGCUCUUUUAGAGUUGAAAGCUUCAUUAGAUCCAUCAAACUCGCUUCAAUGGCAAGGAAUAGAUGUGUGUAAAUGGCGAGGAAUCAAAGAAUGCCAGCAAGGAAGGGUCACAGAGAAAAAAUGCCAGUCCGAUGACAUCUCCAGCGUCACCGCCACUGCGCCAUGGCUUG